GUUUUCCAAUAAGACCCUGACAACUUGCAGUGCAAGGCUCCUGCACCGCCGCCUGCCUGGACCAAAGUCAGAAUUUUCCUUCCCAGUCCGGAACCCGGUCGUCUCCCGUCGACCCAAUUCGGCACAUGCCGGUGAUCAUCUCGGCCUCUCAUCAGCCACACCACCUCGCAUGCUGUUAUAAAUACAGUACAUCAGAGAAAGCUCCUGGUUCCAUCAGAUCCGCCCGCGACUCUCCUCACUCCUCAGUCCUGACCUUCUUCCUCUAGGCUUCUUUACUCUGUCCCAACUUCCAAUCAACAGCAGCCGCGACGUCCCACGGCGCGGUGCAAGACAUGGAAGGCGUUGAGGACAUCGUCAUCGCCGGUGCCGGGCUCGCCGGCCUCGCGACGGCCCUGGGGCUGCACAGGAAAGGGGUGAGAAGCGUGGUGCUGGAGUCGUCGGCGACGCUGCGGGCGUCGGGGUACGCCUUCACCACAUGGACGAACGCCUUCCGCGCGCUCGAUGCCCUUGGCGUUGGGGACAAGAUAAGGGAGCACCAUCUGCUGUACGAGAGGCUGGUGGCCUUCUCUGCAUCCACAGGCGAGGCUGCCGCAAAAGUGAGCCUAAAGAUGCAGGGCAAAAGCGGGCCUCACGAAAUUCGGUGCGUGAAGCGCAACUUCCUGCUGGAGACGCUGGAGAGCGAGCUGCCGGAGGGCACCAUCAGGUACUCCUCCAAGAUCGCCGCCAUCGAUGAGGAAGGCGACGUCAAGCUCUUGCACAUGGCCGACGGCUCCAUCAUAAAAGCAAAGGUUCUGAUAGGAUGUGAUGGGGUGAACUCCGUGGUGGCGAAAUGGCUGGGCCUUCCGAAGCCGAUCCAGUCGGGGCGGUCGGCCACCAGGGGCAUGGCCGAGUACCCGGACGGCCACGGCUUCGGCCCCGAGAUGCUGCAGUUCAUCGGCCAGGGCUUCCGCUCCGGCGUGCUGCCCUGCUCCGACACCUCCGUCUACUGGAACUACACCUGGUACCCCUCCCCAGAUGACAAGGACGCCGAGGAGAGCGUGGCGAAGAUGCGGCAGCACGUGCUAACCAAGCUCCGGGCAGCCAAGAUCCCCUUGGAGGCGCUGGACGUGAUCGAGAGGAGCGAGAUGAGCGAGGUGGUGUCGUCGCCGCUGCGGUUCCGGUCGCCGCUGUCCCUGGUCCGUGGCAGCAUCAGCAGGGGAAACGUGUGCGUGGCCGGCGACGCGUUCCACCCGAUGACCCCGGAGCUGGGGCAGGGCGGCUGCGCGGCGCUCGAGGACGGCGUCGUGCUGGCCCGGUGCCUGGGCGACGCCUUCGCCCACGGGUACGCCUGCGAGUCCGUGAAGGCGGGUUUGGAGAAGUACGCCGACGAGCGGAGGGGGCGCGCGAUCCGGCUCGUCACGGCGGCCUACGUCGUCGGGUUCGUGCAGCAGAGCAACAACACGGUGGUCAAGUUCCUCAGGGAGAAGUUCUUGUCCGGAUUGCUGGCGAAACUGAUGGUCGACAUGGCCGAUUUCGACUGCGGAGAGCUGUGAUUUUUCGACCCGGUAGAACGAAAACGAUGAGGAAAAAUGCAUCAAAUCCGACUCUCACCGAAGCAACUGACAGUGCACCUCUUUGCUGCCGGCCGGCGCAUAUGCUCACCUUGAGCACCUUUUUUUCUUUUCUUCGAAGAAUAAUUUUGCUUUUGCGAAGUGUCAUCGAGCACCUGCUUAUAGUACCAUUUAAUAAUAAAUAAAAUUAAAUUCCAGGAGUGACCCAAUCAAA